AUGUGGGCAGCCAGUCGGAGGCAUAGAGAAGUGGUGGAGUUACUUGUGAGUACAGGAGCUAAUGUGUCACUCGUCGAUAGAUUCGGCAUCAACAUUCUUCACUCGGCCUGUCUUGGAGGAGAUGUAGAGGUGGUGAAGUAUGUCCUCUCACAGAACAUGGUGGACAUCAAUGGUAGAGUACGGUGUGGGAGAACAGCUGUGAUGCUGGCAGCAGCGAACGGACACAGGGACGUGGUGGAGAUGUUUGUGGACCAAGGCGCUACAGUGUCAUUCGUGGAUGAGGCAGGUAACAACAUCCUUCACUGCGCCUGUAGGAAGGGAGAUAUGGAGGCGGUGAAGUACAUCCUCUCACAGAAAAUGGUUGACAUCAACAGUUAUGGGCCUCGCAAGAAGACGCCAGUGAUGGUAGCAGCAGAACACGGACAUAAGGAAGUGGUGAAAUUACUGGUAACACAUGGAGCUGAUCUGUCACUCAGUGUAAAAGGACGAGACAAUAUCCUUCACAUUGCCUGCAACCGCGGACAAUUUGAUGUUGUGAAAUAUCUCCUCUCACUUAGCUCAGUGGACAUAAACAGUAGGGGAUACAACAAGAGGACACCACUGAUGGCAGCAGUAGAACACGGACAUAAGGAAGUGGUGGAAUUACUGGUUACACAUAGAGCUGAUCUGUCACUCAGUGUAAAAGGACGAGACAAUAUCCUUCACAUUGCCUGUAAAAGCGGACAAUUAUUUGAUAUAGUGAAAUAUCUCCUCUCACUGAACUCGGUGGACAUAAACAGCAGGGGAUACAAAAAGAGGACACCAGUGAUGACAGCAGGAGAGUGGGGUACAAAACAAAUGGUGGAAUUACUUGUAAAACAUGGAGCUGAUCUGUCACACCGUGCAGCAUUGGGAGGCAAUAUCCUUAACUUGGCCUGUCGCCGCGGAAAAAUAGAAGUAGUGAAAUAUGUCCUCUCACUGAACACAGUGGACAUAAACACCAGGGGAUUCAAGAAGAGGACACCAGUGAUGAUAGCAGCAGCACACGGGCAUAAGGAAGCGGUGGAACUAUUGGUAAAGAAUGAUGCUGAUCUCUCACUCAGAGAUAGCAACGGUAAAAAUGUUAUUGACUUGGCCCGUGAAGAAGGACAUUUGGAGGUGGUGCAAUAUGUCAUGUCACUGUGA